AUGGGUGGGAACGAUGCGAAGACAGCUAAAAUAGCGGUGUGGUGGGACAUGUUUGACUGUCCGGUUCCAGAGGGUAUCGAUGCUCGUAAGGUACGUCCCAGUUUGGAAGGAGCUUUCAAGGAGCUAGGCUGCACUGGUCCUGUCUCCAUCACAGCCUAUGGAGACCAAAAACAAACCCCUGAACACCUCCUACGAGCUCUAUCUUCCACUGGAGUUGCUGUGGUACAUACCAGAUCUGGAUGCACGUGCGCACUCAUGUAUAAGGAUAUGGUUGCAUGGCGAGAGGAUAAUCCUCCUCCGGCUAAAAUGAUGAUCAUAUCCAAUCAGGUGUUAGAUGUCUUCAACUGGGAUCUGGCCCGGCUACAACAACGCACCAGUUACGACAUUUAUCUGGCUUAUUCAGUCCAACCUCGCGCAGCAUUGUUCGUGUGCACUCGCAAAGAGUGGCUCUGGGAUAAAAUACUAAGCACAGCUGGUGAAUCAUCAUCUGCUGCUGCUGCUAAGUCUAAGUUUUAUUGCAAAUCGUGCUCUUUGGAUCGCCGAAGCCUCAAGAGUUUCAGGAAGCAUCUCUCCACUAAAAAGCAUGCCAAGCAGGAGAUUUUACGCCCUGAUGAUUCACAACUCCAAUCUCUAACGAGCAAGUGGGGAAAGAACUACGCUGCUACGCCUGAAUUUGCGACAGCUAAAAUCCAUGUGUGGUGGGACAUGUAUGACUGUCCUAUUCCCGACGGUUAUGAUGCUCGUCGGAUCCGUCCCAGUUUGGAAGGAGCGUUCAAGGAACUAGGCUAUUCUGGUCCUGUCUCCAUCACUGCCUAUGGUGACCAUAAAAAAACCCCUCAACACCACCUUCAAGCCCUCUCUUCCACUGGAAUCGAUGUUGCACAUGCCACUCUUGAAGUGGUGAACGGGCGCAUCUCUGAUGAUAUUGAUGAAUGGGAAUAUAAUAAUCCUACUGCUCCGGCUACAAUGAUGAUCAUAUCGGAUGAGGCUGAUUAUGCCUUUUCAGAUUUUCUUCGCCAUCUACUACAAGAAAAUAAGUACAACCUGUUUUUGGCUUACUCGUUUAGGCCUCGUGAAAUGUCAGUCUUGGUCACUUCUGCCGAGUGGCUCUGGGAUAGCUUACUUGCAGAGACAAGAAGACAUGAUCUCCUUCGGAAGUGCAGUGGAAGUAGUAUUGAAAGGGUUGGUGAAUCUACUGGAAUGUUUUAUUGCAAAGUGUGCUACUCUGAUUUCAAACUCCUGGAUGAAUUCAUGAAGCAUCUCUCCAGUAAAAAACAUGCCCUGAAUAUCGUAUGGAUCUAUGCUCACCUUCUUACAGUUGGUGGAGCCUACAAUGGUGCCGCACCAACUACGCAAACAAGCUGCCGGACUGAUCGUGCUGGCAUCAUAGUUGCUACCCCCUGGAUAAGAGUUCCAUGGCUAUUCCGGUGGGGUGCUCCUUCUUUUGAUGCUGGAGAAGCUUUUGCAAUGAUGAUGGCUUCUUCUUUUGUUGCUCUUGUUGAGUCAACCGGUGGUUUUAUUCACAGUCUCAAGAUAUGCAAUGUUCUUAGCCGUGGUGUUGGCUGGCAGGGAGUCGCUAUUCUGAUAUCAGGGUUGUUUGGUACUGGUCCUGUCUCCUCUGUCUCGAUGUAA